UUUGCCUGCCAUAUCAGCCAUUUUUGCUAAAAGGUUAAAUACGAUUUAACGGUACCUCUUGGUUUUACUAUCAAAAUGAACAUGCUGUUGCUUGUUUGAUAUCAAAUUAUUUGAUAUUGGCUAUAGUGGCAUGAAGCGUCCUUGGCUGUCGAACUACAUCAGGUCGGUCCAGCAUUUGACAUAACCAGUGCAGUCGGGUAUGUUGUCAUGCCUAAGCUUCUGGUUUUACAGCAAUGCGAAGUGCGCCAACAUUAACAGUAGCAAUACUGGGGGCUUCUCGUCGGAUAAUAUAUGAAUUUCUUAUGUACAAUAAGUACUCCUAUCUCGAAAAUACAAUGUUAUGCCGCUGUGCCAAAUGUGGUUGCACAGCUCGCCUAAACGUCUCGUUUAUUUCUACAUUUAAGUUUCUCAUUGUGGUUGAAAGAUUAACUAAAUUAUUGAUUAUAGGGACGAAGGCUGGCGAAAUCUCGUUUUUUUUUAACAUUUUUAACUACCCUAUCUGUCGCUCGACCGGAAAGAUGGGGCGUGGCUAUUUAUUGUUUUGUGUUAUGCUUAUCAUUCAGAUCGGAAAUGAAUGUUUACCUCUUUUAUUCAGCGAGGAUGGACAGCAUUUGGAAAGUUAUGGAAGCACGCAUUGUUCUUUGAUAUCGGGCAUCAGUAAGUCCGCUUAUUCCUACGGACAGCCAGGAAAAUGAAUGCAAUAUUCCAUUUGUUGUUUCAGCCAGUGCAAAGCAGCAGAUUUUUAAUACAAAAUUAACGGAGGGAGGGCAUCUUGUUCAUAAUAUUUCGUCUCUCUUACUAUU